GUGCUGAUCAUCUGAGAGUGGCAUUUGGCGACGCCUACAUUCUUGCAAUAACAAUAUAGCAAUGUAGUAAAUGAUUGUAAAGUGAUAAACCGAAGGCCAAAUCGCACGCAAUUACCGUGAACGGAUUCCUCCGGGUAGGCGUGGUGCGCACGGACGACGGCACCCGACAAAUCAGGCGUCUCCGGCGUGCGCGCGGCGGUGCAGACGUUAUAUCAGCCGAGCGCGUCGCGAGCCGCCUCAGCAUCAGCACCAGCACCAGCACCGCGCGCUGACUCACGCGCUCCGCCACCGUCCUCGAGAGGGAAUCUGGACCCCCGGUGAGACUUGAAGCGCCAGGUAGAGGACGUACAGCACCAGAAGGGCUCCGGGAAAAAAAAAUACGCAUAUAUUAUAAAUAUAUACAUAAAUCAUAAUAUAACUGCUAGAGUCAAGAGCCGAAGAGGAGCGCGAGCAGAGAAACAGAGCCGCACCGACAUGGACGCGCUGAUGAAGGGCUUCUCCAAGGCGAAGGACGGGGUGGUGGCGGCCGCAGAGAAGACCAAGCAGGGAGUGAGCGAGGCCGCGGGCAAGACCAAGGAAGGAGUCAUCUUUGUGGGCACCAAAACAAAGGACGGUGUUUCAUCAGUUGCAGAGAAGACGGUGUCCCAAGUGUCUCAAGUGGGUGGGGCUGUGGUAACAGGAGUGACAGCUGUCGCCCAUAAGACUGUGGAAGGUGCUGGAAGCAUCGCUGCUGCAACAGGUUUGGUCAAGAAGGAUGCAAGCAAGCAGGAUGAAGAGAUGAUGUCCCAGGAGGCCCUGAUGGAGAAUGCAGGAGAGCUACAGGCUGAUCCUGACAACAGCUAUGACAUUGCACCUGAGGACUAUCACGGUUAUCAAGACUAAGUGCCAGAGACAAACACCAGUAGGAAUGAGCAAGAGAAACGUUCCGUUUUGUCCUGACUGGACAUGCCGUGCGUGGCCGUCGUCCUUGUCUCAGUUAAGUUUGUUAGUGUGUUGUGUGUGUGUGUGUGUGUGUGUGUGUGUGUGUGUGUGUGUGUGUGUGUGUGUGUGUGUAGCGAGGUCCUUCCCUUCACUGUGCAUGGUGUCAGUGUGUGUCCUCAUGAACCUCCCUCCAGCCCCGUGACUCUGCUCCACUGGGGCGGGAUGCCUGGUCACAGGGUAGUUACUUAAUGUUCUGUGGGAAUCUGUGGCUUUAAAAUAAACAAAAACCUUAAGUGUCUCUCAGUUUCUUUAAAGAUGAAUUCUAUUUUUCUGUCUGCGAUUUUUUUUUGUCCCUUGAAUGGUGUAGUAAUGUAAUGGAAAACAAAUAUAUUUAGGAAACAUGAGAGUGGGAAAGGAAGUAAUGAGUAAUAUUUAAAAGGUGUGUAUUUAGAUUUAUGAUAUGACAAUAUAAAUGUGGACAAAAGAAUGUUUUAUUGCUAUGUAAGUGUUUGGAAAUAGUAUCUGAAAUCCAUAAAAUGUUCCUGUUUGUAUCUUGAACUGUAAGUUGACUGCCAAGAACACUGUUUUCAUGUGUUGUGUAAAGGUCUGAAUAUAAUGUAUUUACUAUGUCUUUUAGUGUUUGUCAUGAAUAUGGAUUUUGUUAAUUAAAAAUUCUCUUGGCACUGAAGGACAACUGUUUCUGAUAGAGUGUCAAAUGAAAACACAUUCCAGUUUGAAGAGUUUACUGCCAGACCAAAUGGGUGGUCUAAAUACAUUUUUGUGGAACUCAA